GACGCGCACCGUUACCGCGCUGCUUGCAUGGAAGAGACACCGCAGCUCUUCCGCUCGUCGCUCUUGAACCGAAACCCGCUCAACCCUCCGCCCCGCGUUUGACGGAGCGAUCAUGGCGCGGACUUCGGGGCUGUUUGCGAGCUGUUUGCUGUUGCUUCUCUGCUCCGGUGCGGCGGGGAAGCGCGGCAGGGAGAGAGUUUACUACGUGGGGAUCGUCGAGGACCUGUGGGAUUAUGCGCCCAGUGGAAAAAACCUGCUAAACGGGGAAGACGUCGAAAAUGAUGAGCAUGCAUCUGUAUUCCUGGAAAGAGGACCCCACCGCAUUGGCAGCAUUUAUAAGAAGGCCAUGUUUCGAGAGUAUACAGAUGCUACGUACAGCCGCCUGGCCCCCCGUCCCGCCUGGCUGGGCUUCCUGGGGCCUGUGCUGCGAGCGGAGGUUGAUGACGUCAUAGUGGUCCACCUGAAGAACUUUGCGACCAGGAACUACUCUAUGCAUCCCCAUGGAGUUUUCUAUGAGAAGAAUACAGAGGGGGCGCUCUAUCCAGAUGGGACAUCAAACAGGUUGAAGCAGGACGACGCUGUUCCUCCGGGAGGUAGCUACACCUACCGCUGGGAGGUCAGACCCGAGUUUGCCCCCACAGAUGACGACGCCAACUGCCUGACCUGGGUCUACCACUCUCACCUGGAUGCCCCCAGGGAAAUCGCCUCGGGACUGAUCGGGGCUCUGCUCACCUGCAAGAAAGGAAUCUUGAAGGAGACUAACGAUCCGGUCCAGGGUCAGAACAAGCCAGAGUCUGUGGUGGAGUCCGCCCGAAACGAUGUGGACCAGGAUGUCUUCCUGAUGUUCACUGUGGUGGAUGAAAACCUGAGCUGGUACCUGGAGGACAACAUUCAGAGCUGCACUGAUCCAGAUGGAGUCGACGAAGAAGACCCAGACUUUGAGGAGUCGAACCUGAUGCACGCCAUUAAUGGGUACAUGUUUGGUAACCUGCCCGGAAUCGAGCUAUGCCAGCAGCGUGCAGUAGCCUGGCAUUUGUUCGGCAUGGGUAAUGAGGUGGACAUUCAUUCUGCCUUUUUCCAUGGGAAUACGCUGCUGGACCGUGGCCACCGCACCGACGUCCUCAGCCUGUUCCCAGCCACGUUCGCUACAGCUGAGAUGGUCCCGCAAGCAGAAGGAAAGUGGCUGCUAACCUGCCAGGUUAACGACCAUCUGCAGGCUGGGAUGCAGGCCUUUUAUGAAGUGAAAUCGUGUGGCGGCGAGGUCGGAUCCACAGUGAUGGGCGGUGUUGUGAGGGAAUACUUCCUGGCGGCAGAGAAAGUCCUGUGGAGCUAUGCUCCCUCAGGAAAGGAUCUGAUUAACAAUGUGUCUCUUACUGAGGCCAACAGUGCAUCAGACAUGUUUUUUGGCACAGAACAUGGAAGGAUCGGAGGUCAGUACCAGAAAGUGAUGUACAAGGAGUACACAGACAAUACCUUCACCACCACAAAACCACCAGCACCUGAUUCCCAGCACUUAGGACUCUUAGGUCCGGUCCUGAUGGCAGAGGAAGGGGAUACUCUCAGAGUGACAUUUAUGAAUAGAGCUGACAGGAACUACAGCGUCCAGCCCCACGGCCUGCACUAUGACAAACGCUUUCAGGGAAGCAGCUAUGAGGACGGUGUGGACAAGACAGGCUCCCACGUUGGUCCAGGGGAGAGCUUCACCUACGUCUGGCAGGCGCUAGAAGGUCCAUCUUCAUCCGACUCUCCCUGUAUCCCCUACCUGUACUACUCCGCCACCGACCCUGCUGUGGACACCAACUCUGGCUUAGUGGGACCUCUGCUCGUGUGCAAGAAAGGAGCACUGGGGGAGAAUGGAGCCCAGCAACAUGUUUCAAACAAGUUAAGACAGGAGCUACAAAAGGCUGGGAAAGUUGUGGAAUGCUCCAAAAACACCUGUUUGGAACAUUCCACUGGUCAACAGACGGGUGUCGAUAAGGAGUUCUUCCUUCUGUUUUCUGUCAUGGAUGAAAACAUGAGCUGGUAUUUGAAUGAGAAUAUCGAUAUGUUUGGCAGCACCGACACAAUUCCUUCAGACGAGGACUUUGAGGAGAGCAAUAAGAUGCAUGCUGUAAAUGGGCGUAUGUAUGGGAACCUUCCCGGACUGGAGAUGUGUGUCGGCGACAAAGUUAUGUGGUACACCUUUGGCCUAGGUACAGAGGUGGACAUCCAUGGUGUUUAUUUCGAGGGGAACACCUUCAAGAAACAGAGCACAACACGAGACACUAUCAGCCUGUUCCCUCACACCACGGCUAAUGUCGCCAUGCAGCCAAACACUCCUGGUGUGUACGAGGUGAGCUGCAGAGUAACAGACCACUACUCGGCCGGCAUGAGGCAGCAGUACAGAGUGAACCCCUGCCCGCAACACAAAGUGAAGCACACACGCACAGAGCCAACCAAGAUCGUGCAGUAUUUUAUUAGUGCUGAAGAAGUCGAGUGGGACUACUCACCUGAGAGAGACUGGGAGCUGGAGAAACACCACACCACAUCAGAAGACAGUCCAGGCAGUAUAUUUGUGGAGAACGGGAAAAACAGAAUUGGCUCGCGCUACAAGAAGGCGGUUUACAGAGAAUACACCGAUGACACCUUCAAAGUUCAGAAGAAACGGCAGCCCAGCCAAGAGCACUUGGGAGUUAUUGGGCCAAUCAUCAAAGCCGAGGUUGGAGAGCAGAUCGUGAUCACAUUCAAGAACAAAGCCAGCCGGCCGUACUCCAUUAGCGCACAUGGAGUCAAGGCCAGCGGCGCGCACAUUCCUGUCCAACCUGGCUACAUAAUCGAGUUGACGUGGGAUGUUCCUGAAAGCUCCGGUCCAGGGGUCUCAGAUCCUAACUGCAUCUCUUACGCCUACUACUCCAGUGUUGAUUUCAUUCGGGACCUGUACAGUGGUCUACUGGGGCCCCUGGUGAUAUGCAGGCCCGGCACUCUGCAGCACGGUGAGGGGUCCGACAGACAGAGGGCUGAUGUGGAGAAGGAGUUUGCUCUGCUCUUCAUGGUGCACGAUGAAAACCAGUCCUGGUACUUGGACGACAACAUCAAAAAGUACCUCGGCGUCGACCCUGAUGCCUUUGUGCCAGACGAAGACUUUGAGGAGAGUAACCUGAUGCACGGGAUCAAUGGCAGGCUGUAUGGUAACCUCCACGGACUGGUCAUGAUGCAGGGCCAGAAGGUUGACUGGUAUCUACUGGGAAUGGGCAACGAAGUGGACAUGCACACCGUCCACUUCCACGCUGAGACUUUUACCUACAAGACGGACCGCGUGCACCGUGCAGACGUCUUUGACCUCUUCCCCGGGACUUUCCAGACCGUGGAAAUGGUGGCCGGGAACCCGGGGACUUGGUUGCUCCACUGUCACGUGACUGACCACAUCCAUGCCGGCAUGGAGACCACUUUCACCAUCAAAGCUGCAGCACCGGGAACUGAAGGCUCCGUCAUGGCGCUGCUGCUCUCACUGGCACUCGGUCUUCUGGCUGUACUGCACCAAUGAAGGGACUCUGACACUGGGGUGUGUGUGUGUGCCACCACAACACUGGUCAUUAAUGCACUUAAAAUCAAAUCCAGGGACAAAAUCACUGUUGCUUGUAGAUUUGCUCAAGGUUAUGUAUGUAAAUAUCAAGCAAUUACUGAGCGAGUCAAAGAACAACUGUACAAUCAUGUAAAGUUUAGGAUUUCUUUAUUUCGUAGGACUAAAAGAAGCAUUUUAUAUGGUGAAUUGUUUCUGUGUUGCCCUUUCCUGCCAUGUUGCACUGUGUUUGAUGUUGUUUUGCUGGUUUUGCAAAGCACUGCUUUACCAAAUAUUUUCAUUCCAGUUGUGAAUGUGCUAUAAAGACACUUAUUCGACUGU